AUGUUAUCGUUGGCAGAAGGGCCUCUAGAGGUCAACCAUCUCUUCUAUAUGGAUGACCUGAAGGUUUACUCGCCGCGUUGGGAUGAUAUUGUGAAAGCCCAGGAGGGCAUACAACGAGUGGCUGGUGAGCUGGGAUUAAGAAUGAAUCCCAGCAAGUGUGCCGUGCAUUCUUUGCACAUGCCCCAGCCGCAAAUUAUGACAGCAGGAUUGGAGGAUAUACCAGUCCUUGGGUCGAACUCGCUCUACAAGUACUUGGGAGCGGAACAGAACACUCUUGUAAGCAUGGAUCACCUGUGGUCUCGAGUACGAGAAAAAGCCGUUGAAACAGCACGGCGGAUUAUGCUCAGCGACCUCACGGUUCGCCAAAAGGUCAACGGGUAUAAUCAAGUGGUGAUCCCGAAAUUGAAAUAUGCCUUCUCGUGCAUCAUUUACGGAAAAGGUAAACUGGGCACUAUGAGAAAGCAAGCAAGAGUGUUUGAUGAGACAAUACGCAAACUGCUUGCAGAAUCGCGGAUGCGGUUUGGGCACAGUUGCGUCGCAAGGCUCUAUGUGAGCAAAGAGGAGGGAGGACUUGGGCUGAAGUCUGUGGAGGAGGAAAUGGAACACACCAUCAUUUACACAUGGUGUUACCUUGCUUCGCACCCGGACUUCCAAGUUCCUUAUCACCUAUGUGAGAGUCUCCGAAGCAGCAGCAAGCGAUCACUAGUUUCCGACUUUAACUCCGUCAUGGCGGAGAACAGGUUGGAAAACGACAUAGCUCGCUUAGCUCAAGGUUCCAUUCAAGUCAAAGAACGCAUAUUCACGACGGCCACUAGUGCUGCUCGUGCGAUCUCGAGCCUUGCUCAUGAGCGAUGGGCUCGAACGCGAAUGACAUGA